CAUUAUUGUAUUGGUUUUGUUGUAGAUAAAUCCAUUCAUAUCUAAACGUUUAUAUGAGAUAUUAUAAAAGUUCGACGUUCUAUCUAUAUAUGUGUCAUUAAGACGAGGUGUUGUGUGUAGAGAGGUAUUUUGUAAAAUAUGUGAGUGAAUAAGUUGAAGUGAAAAAUGUUUUGCACGAAGUUUCUAUUAUUAUUGACAUAUUUAAUUAAAAUAACGGUUCAGACAUCGUCACCAUCAUCAACCAGCUAUGUAGCAGCGGUUCUGGAGUAUAAUUUUGAAAAUGACACUGCUGCCAAUUUACGUAACUACCUUAUCUACAUACAAGAGGCUUCUAGCAAGAAUGCGGACAUCAUUGUGUUUCCAGAGUUAACACUAAACAGAGGCCAAGACUCAAUAGAAGUGCCAAUAAAUGGUGCUUUAAAAGAUCAUCCGAUACCAGCGCUAGCAGCAGACUUAUAUCAUAAGGUUCUCGUUGAUAUAUCUAAUGCAGCGCGCCAGAACAAGAUCUACGUAGUGAUCAACAUAGAAGAAAUCAUGGAUUGCAAUACAGCCGUUGGCGAGUACUGUCCUGCACAACAGACUUAUCUCUUUAAUACCAACGUGGUGUUCGACAGGGAUGGAACCAUUAUUGACAGAUACCGCAAGAUCAAUUUGUUCGGAGAGUUUACCCGGACGCCUGCUCUUCGGCCAGAUCUGGGUGUUUUCACGACGGACUUCGGUGUGACUUUUGCACACUACAUCUGUUUCGACCUGUUGUUCCAGGUGCCUGCUAUGCAAGUAGUAGAUAAGCUGAACGUUACUGACGUUAUUUUCCCCACCAUGUGGUUCUCGGAGAUGCCAUAUUUGAGUGCUGUACAGAUUCAGGAAGGUUAUGCUUUUGCCAUGGACGUCAACUUCCUUGCAGCUGGCUCCAAUAACGUCAGGGUCGGAAGUUCAGGGUCGGGAAUAUUCUCUGGUAAGGCAGGUGCACUGAUUAGCACAAUGCCUGGAUUGCCGACUACAAAGCUUCUUGUUGCAACUGUACCGAAAAUCCCAGGACAGGUGACAAGCUCCCCACCUGGUCCUAUCUACGACAACCCAGUAGACCAUGAUAGUUUGACACUCAUCACCGACCCAUCUCUGGAGUCUCAUUUCACCAGAUUGUUAACACCAGGACUGUCCCAGUUCACAAUGAUUUCUGGGGAAGUUAUUUGCGUAUUUAAAGUCAAUAUGACUGAGAACGAGCCGGAGACUGAGAUUUCUAGCUAUAAGUACCGUGCUGCAGUAUUUAACGGAGUCCGCAGUUACUCCGGUAUGGCGACAGGCGGCAUAAGAGUUUGCUCCGUCAUAGCGUGCACUGGAGAUUCUCUUGACACAUGUGGGAAGCGGUUCCCUCAAUACAAACUGAAGUCAACAGCAGUAUUUCAUGAGCUUAACAUCAUCGCCACUAUGCCUACUCCAGUCAUUGAAGAUGAAAUUCAAGCCAGAGAUACUAUUUACUUUCCACUAUCCCUGGACACAUCUAUCAUGCCUUUAGAACCUGAUGACUAUACAUAUAGCGAAGAUAUAAACGGAAAUGUGACUACAUAUAGUAUGUUUUUGGAUAGAUAUGACAAAGAAUUAUACAGUUUCGCUAUAUGGGGAAGAAUAUUUUCUAGAGAUGGGCAAGAAGAGGAUCCUAAACUACCACAAGAAACUACGCUAUCACCAACAGAAGAAACGACUGAGAAUCAAGAUGUAACCACUGAGCAUCAAGAUAAUACCACUGAGAAUCAAGAUGAUACCACUGAGCAUCAAGAUAAUACAACUGAGAAUCAAGAUGAUACCACUGAGCAUCAAGAUAAUACCACUGAGCAUCAACCCGAUUCAUCUGUAACUCAUUUGAUAAGCAAAACUAUAUUGAUAACAACAUUCAUGCUGUUGAUUAAGUAGAAUUGCGAGUGCCAUUGUAAAUAUUGAUUUUUGAAUUAAAACGUAUUGUAUGAUAUUAAUAAUACGUUUAAUUGAUCUUUGUGUGUUUCAUUCUUUAACAUUACCAUUACCUGCUUUACUUGUAACUAUGAAUA